AUGAAUUUCAGAUCUGCACAUGAAGGUAACGUAUUCAAGAAGGUAGUUGCUGAAUUGCCUGGUAUUAUCUCGAAAAAAUGUGAUGGUUAUGAUGAACUCUACGGGUACAAACUAGUACCUGAUGAGCCCAAUUCUGAAAGAAAAUUUUAUGACAAGGAAAUUGCAGAAUGUUUAAUUUACAAAUUCUGUAAGGGCUACCAAUUUCAUUAUGAGAUCGUUGUUGAACAUAUCGUCAAUGUUUUAAAUUGGAGGCGUGAAUUUAAUCCCUUAAGUGCUGCAUUCAAAGAAGUUCAUAACAAAGAAUUGGUGGAAGUAGGUAUUUUGGCAUCAUAUCCAAAUCAUGAGAGUAAUAAGAAAGUUGUUACAUGGAACAUAUAUGGACAACUGAUCAAAAAAAAGUAUCUUUUCAAAGACGGUGAAAAGUUUUUACGUUACAGAAUUGGUUUGAUGGAAAGAGGGUUAAGACUAUUGGAUUUUAAAGAUGAUACAAACAAUUAUAUGACACAAGUUCAUGACUAUAAAGGUGUAUCUGUACUGAGCAUGGAUUCUGAUAUGAAGAAAGUUGUGAGAGAAAUUGUCCUAGUUUUCCAAAGCUACUAUCCCGAGUUGUUGUAUGCCAAAUAUUUUAUCAAUGUUCCAAGUUUCCUAAGGUGGAUUUAUGACGUUAUUAAAACAUUCGUAGAUGAAAAUACGAAGAAAAAAUUCGUUGUAUUGAGCGAUGGAAGGAAAAUGGCACAUUAUUUGAAAGAUGUACCCUCCACAAAUUAUGGUGGUAGCGACACUAAUACCUUGCAGCAAGAAAAUAUAACGAAUGUGAGACCUACAGAAUAUGGCCUCUAUAUUUUGGAAAAGCAAGCCAAUGAGGACAUUGACUGA